AUGAGAUUUCUCCGUCUCUCGGGUGACCUGAUGCCCGUCGACUUUGGAGCGAUUCACUGGCCAAAACUCCAGAGCCUCACUGUCUCGGAGCACACUGCAUCGAGGCAGUUGUUGGUCCCUGCGCUUACCGCUGUCGACGAUCCGAUCUUCUCACAGCUUCCCGAGUCCUUGAACGCUCUGCACAUCCACGCUCGUUGCCACCCGCAUUACGGAGCCGACCAUGCCGACUUGGCCAAGCCGGCUGUGACAGCAUUAUCCAACGCCUCGGCCAUAGGGCUUGUCAAGCGCCCUUCACAUUUGGCGAAUCUGAUCGAAUUCACCAUCUCUGGGGACGAAUUCCCGACGGCGCCCCUGCUGGAGACGAUUGCAAGCCAGUUCCCUAAUCUGAUCUACCUAGAGGCGUCUCGCGCAAACUAUCAGCGGCGUCGCGAUGGACUGGACUUCACCGGUCGAGAGACACGAAAUGACACCGUGCUCACGGCGAUGCCUCGAUUUCGCCGACUUGAAACCCUGAAGAUCACAUUACAUGUGGCAAGACUUUCCCUCGUGAGCAGUCUGGAGCAGGCCGAGACCUUCGAUCGGCUUUUUGGUGGCAUUCCAUCUGUAGAAACGGUCCAUCUCCCCUGGUUUUCUAAAUCUCCCUGGGUGCCUGGGGAAAGCUCUGAUUCUGUGGCUUGGCUUCUCACCGAUAGAGAGGAGAUGGAACGCUCAUCUUCUGAAAAUAAGCAACCAGAACCUGUGGAGAUCAUCCUCUGCAUGACGCAACGGGACUCUCCACUCGGCGCAGCUUGCCGUCCGCGUAAAUGCCGUCACGAACGACGGUGAUCGAUAGCAGAGAAGUGGCCUUGGGUACCAGCAGUCAAGAUCGGGACUUCGAACUCCUCAAGCCAAACACCACUACUAUAUUAAGAUCUAGGGAGGAGCAGGACCUAGACAUCUGUGUAUGUAUCCCUCGCCGAAGCACUGGCUCGUCAGCGCUCAUCAAUCAUUCCUCGACCAAAGAGACACACGAGUAGCCCGAUUAAACGCGGGAGAUGGUUCUUACGACUGGCUCAUCCUCCCUCUUGUGGCCCGUGGGCAUCCAGAGACGUGUAUGCAUGUGCACGGCUUACAUGGCUAACUCCAUUAUCCAAUCCAUACGACCAGCCGCUUGUUCCGAUAUGCAGCACGGAAUAAAAGACCUCUGCUCCGGACGAACUUAUCAUCUAUCAGCCAUACAUAAGAGUCUCCCUAUCUACAUCCGAGACUAUCAUCGCGUCUGGGAUGGGGAGGUACGCUGCACGCGGCUUGGAUCUCCAGGAGAUACAGCGUGAUUUGGAUGAUGCACACUUGAAGACAAGCUGCAUGCUCAUGAGAGCGGACUGGAAACAUGACAUUAUGAAGCCCGUUAAGAACUCUCUCUGAAGGGAAGAAUGGGAGAGUAAGGACAGAGACAGUCGUCGUCUGCUUCUGAUGCCAUUCCGAGAUCGCGCGAUUCAUGCGAUGAGACCCGUUACUUAUUGCAGCCAGCGGGUCAGGCAGCUGGUACCGGAAGAAAGCAUGUGGUUCGAGCCUUCUCGGCGGGUUCGUGAAUGCAUAGAAAGUUGAUAAAUGAUCUGACGAGGCUAUGUCGUGGCGAUAACACUGUGACCCCAUGUACAAGCCUGUACAAGCUGGCAUGAGACACUCUGGACAAGGAAGGUGUCCACAAAAGCGGCCGCCUGACAGUAUUGCCGGCUAGAUACCAUGUGCAUCGUGUGCAUCAAGGUACGGUAUACAUGUUCUAGUCUUGCGUGGCACAUGCGCCCACCCCUGUUUAG